ACCAAUGCCACAUUUUGUGACUGGUAGUAGUUUCCCGAUAAAUCUCCCAUAACUACUAGGUGUAUUCUAUUCCAUGCGUUUUCAACCAACACCAAAGUGAACUUCACCGGCCUGACUGUGGUUGUAACUCUGGAUUUCAAUGGGCCGACCCCGCCUUCAUGCAACAGCGGAAGAAAGAGCUGUUGCUGCGCGAAAAUAUAGACAGGAUUAUUAUGAAAGGAACAAAAAAACAAUAAGCGUGAAAAUGGCAGCCAAAUACAAGGCACAACGUGCGGGUAGAAAAAAGUCUGGGCCUGUGAAGGCCGCACGGCUCUCUGGGCAUUCUCCCCAGCCUGAGGGGAAGGUUGCAGAACAAGAGACGUUUAUGUCCGAUAGCAAGAGCCAAUUUCCUGAACACAAGAUAUCGCCGCCUGAUAGCACUGUCCACCGCAUUGAUUUACAACAACGCAUCCAAGAUAUUCGGACAGCAGUGGUACAGACAACGGCUCCUCACCCCGAGGACUAUUUCGAACAUCUCUACUAUAGUCUGACGAAGAACGCACACGACUAUCAACUUCGCCUGUCAAUCAUUUCGGACGCCCUGAAACUUUUAGAAGCACAUAGUUUGCAAGCCCGCACAUUGGAGGCAGAACUCCUGCAAGGGAACGAGGUCGGAAACUUGUUAUCCCAAGGACAAGAGCUCACGCAGAAAUUAAGGGAUAUGACGAGAGCUGCUGAAGAGCUCUGGUGCUUUAUCGUAUACGACGCGGAUACCGCGAAGCUCAUACAACAACACUCUCGAGGGGAACUGCGGUUUCAACAGCCGACUAUGGACAAAUGAUCACUCAGUUUAUAAAUGAUAUACUUACUAAGUACAUAUGAUAGAGCAGCUAAUCUAUAAUCACACACGUCGUAACACGAGGUUGUACUGAAAAUGUUGGUAUAUCGUUGGUAUAUCGUGACAAAGCACGAAGCUCAUGCAUAUGCAUGGACC